AUGAAGGUGGCAGUGAGGUUACGAAGGCCUGCUAUGCAGGUGCAGCGCCGGGCCUUUUCGGUGUCACCACGCAGGCUGAACAACUAUGCAUUCAUUGGCCUGGGCCAGAUGGGGUACCAAAUGGCGCGGAACCUCCAAGCGAAACUUCCGCCGUGGAACACCAUACGCGUCUUCGACAUCAACACGGCGGCCUCGGAGAAGCUGGUGCAGGACAUGAAGGCACAGCAGGCUGGCGGCGCUGCCCCAGAGGUAGCUGUCAGCGCAGGCGAUGCGGCCAAAGAUGCGGACACGGUCAUUACCUGUCUCCCGGAACCGAACCACGUCAAGUCAGCAUAUGAAGAUAUUCUAUCGACGUACAAUGCUUCUCCGAAAGGGGAAGCUCUCCCCGGAUCAAAGUCCCGACUGUUCAUCGACUGCUCCACCAUUGACCCUACCUCGUCACGAGAGGUUGCUGCUGCCGUGUCAUCCGCGCUUCCCAAUGGACGCGGUAACUUUGUUGACGCACCGAUGUCAGGCGGCGUCGUCGGGGCAACCGCCGGUACAUUGACGUUCAUGUUAGGAGCACCAGAGUGUCUCCUCAGUCGCAUUGAGCCGAUUCUGCUCCGGAUGGGCAAGCGGGUGCUGCACUGCGGCCCGCAGGGGGCCGGCCUAUCGGCCAAGCUGGCAAACAACUAUCUACUUGCGAUUGAGAACAUCGCGACGGCAGAGGCCAUGAACCUCGGCGUGAAGUGGGGUUUGGAUCCGAAGGUUCUCGCGAGCGUCAUCAACGUCAGCACCGGAAAGUGCUGGCCGAGCGAAGUGAACAACCCUGUGCCGGGCGUCGUCGGGACUGCGCCGGCGAGUCGGGAUUAUCAGGGAGGGUUCGGCAUCAGCUUGAUGCGCAAGGACCUGAGACUCGCUAUGCUUGCAGCGAAGGAGGCUGGUGCAGAGCUCCCUCUGUCUGAAAAGGCAGCAGAAGUGUACCGGAAUGCCGAGGCGGAGGAGAGGUGUAAGGGACGCGACUUCUCCGUUGUUUAUCGAUGGCUUGGUGGGAAGGAAUAA